AUGUAAAUACAAAAUAAAAUUGGAGAAGGGUUAUUCGGUCAAAUUCAUAAAUGCUUAACAGAUGAAGGGAAUAUAUAUGCAAUUAAAAUUUAUAAGGAAGAGUGCCCCAAAAAAUUAAGAGAGAAAGAAAUAAAGAUUUUGUAAUCGAUUAAUCAUACAAACAUUCAGAAAAUUGUGAAAUCAGAUUGUGAAUACAAAUGGUUCAUUACAGAACUCAUGAAUUAUGAUCUCUAUUCUAUGAUCACUAAACGUGGCAGUUUCUAAUAGAAUACCAUAAAAUAAAUUCUAUUAUAACUAAGUAAUGGACUGUCUUAUUUACAUUAACUUGGUUAUGUUCAUAGAGACAUCAAAUUAGAAAAUGUAAUGGUGAGUAAAGAACCUAUAGUUAAAUUUAUAGAUUUUGGUCUAUCUGUUUACAUUGACUCUAAUAAGCUAUAUCCAAGACAUUGUGGCACUUCCACUUAUAUGGCACCUGAGUUAAAUUUAGAAGACAAACUAAUUAUGGGAGAAAUUCUGAAGAAAUCUGAUGUUUUUGCACUUGGUGUUUUAAUAUUCAUUCUUUAUUAUGGAUGUCCUCCAUUUACAAUUGCAAAAUCUACUGAAUGCAAAUUUUGGCAAACUAUUGAAUAAAAAAAAUGGCAAACCUUUUGGAAUUAUUUUGAUAAAAAAAUUAUUAGAUCAGAUGAUCAUUUUAAGAAUUUGAUCUAAAAUAUGUUAGAACCUGAUCAUAAAUCUAGAUUUACUAUCCAAUAAGUCAAGUAACAUCAAUUCUUAAAUGAAGAAGGAAAUUUAAAUGAACUAUAAUGA